CGUCGGAGCUACACGCGAACCGUACUGAACUGUCCUGACUGCACCCAACUCCGAAGCGAAAUGACAACAAGCCAAACGAGAGGUUGAGUGACGGAACGCCGGAAUUGUUAAACGAACGUUUUUUAAGCUUCCAGUUGUUUCAAGAACAAGUAGCGGCGUCCAACGAGCAUGGCUAAGCAUCAUCCGGAUUUGAUCUUCUGUCGCAAACAACCGGGAGUCGCUAUCGGUCGGCUGUGCGAAAAAUGCGACGGCAAAUGCGUCAUCUGCGACUCUUACGUGAGGCCGUGCACUUUGGUUAGAAUAUGUGACGAGUGCAAUUAUGGUUCUUAUCAGGGACGUUGCGUGAUAUGCGGCGGUCCCGGCGUGUCCGACGCGUACUACUGUAAAGAAUGCACGAUACAAGAAAAAGAUAGAGAUGGCUGUCCCAAGAUAGUCAAUUUGGGAAGCUCAAAGACGGAUCUCUUCUAUGAAAGGAAGAAAUAUGGAUUUAAAAGAAGAUAAUUAUAUAGAACUUUUCUACAUAUAAUGUUACAAGGGUGCCAGGUAAUUUAUUAUUUUUAUAACUGUAGGCAUCAUGAUGGUGACACAAUCUUGUUUUGUACAAUAUUACAGAUAAUUGUGGAUUUCCUUAAUUUUAAAUUUUACGCAAUGCUCUGUAAACUAUGUAAACUCGAAUAUAAGUCGAGACAAAGUUAUCCUAACAAAAACAUUUUGUAAAAAUAAACUUUCAAUUUGUUACAUGA